CCCUCCGCUCCUCGCCGUCACUCUUCUCCAGUUCUCCGUUCCCGUUCUUGAAGAAAAAUCGAGCAGCAGACGCGGCGAGGGCAUCCCAGCACCACCGCCAUCGAGCUCCAGAGAGGAAGGCCAGCCAGCCAUGGAUGCUUCGGUCCUCAACAACCCGCGGCUCAAGGCUCUCAUAGAGGAGGAGAGAACGAAGGCCUUGACAAAUGAGCUCGUGGCAAAGUUGACUCAUAUUUGCUGGGACAAAUGCGUAACUGGGAGCAUCGGGAGCAGCUUCAGCAGGAGUGAGGCCUCGUGCUUGUCUAACUGCGCGAAACGCUUCGCAGAAGUGAAGAUGAUGACCAUGCAACGCUUCACCGAGCGGUAGCUCAAGUCACAUAGGCGUUUCUCUACAGCUAAAAAUGUUGUACCCUCCGGACUGUCCAAAUGGAGUACCUGUGUUAUGCUGUAGCACGAGUUCUGCUAUCUUUUUGCUAGCAUACUUUGUUGGUGAGAUUGAUAGGAAGGCACCCAAUGUACAAUGUUCUUUUAGUACUUCUCUAUGUUUUAACCUGGAGUGAAGCAGAGGCUAAAAAAUGCUCCUACAUGCGUUCUAAGGUGAUGUGAUGUUGGAUUGAAAUGAUCA